CGCACCGGCCGUGCAAAGGGCGGGAGGGCUAGCCUGGGGCUGCGUGCCGGGCCCGGAAGGGCCAGGCCCUGCACGGGUCCAAGCCGAGGCCCCGCGUACAGCCACCCGCACCGCGUCCCGCGCUCUCAGGAACCCUGGGACGCCCGCCUGGGGGCGGGGGCCGCGCUGCGGAGCUGCCCACGCUGCGCUCCAGGAGCUGGAGUCAGCAGGAUGGGUGUUAGGACAUACUGAUCUCUCCUCUAUACAGGGCGAAAGCAGCUGUGGACAUCAUGUCACUGAGUAGCCUGACUGCCUUGGUCACAGCCGGGGCACCCUGUGCUAGCCCAUGGUCUUGGGGGUUAUCAGCGUCGUGGUUUCCUCUGUUAAUCACAGCUCCCGUGGGACUGAGCCAGCAGGCGUCCUAGUCAUGGAGGACUGCGACAUGCACUCAGCUGCCAGCAUCCUGGCCUCAGUGAAGGAACAGGAGGCCCGCUUCGAGCGACUGACACGGGCACUGGAGCAGGAGCGGCGCCAUGUUGCCCUACAGCUGGAGCGUGCCCAGCAGCCUGGUGUGGGCAGUGGUGGUGUGGGCAGUGGGCAGCCCCUGCCGAUGGCCUGGCAACAGCUGGUCUUGCAGGAGCAGAGCCCGGGCAGCCAGGUCUCACUGGCCACGAUGCCGGAGGCGCCUGAGGUGCUGGAGGAGACCGUGACAGUGGAGGAAGACCCUGGCACACCCACCUCCCACGUGUCCAUUGUCACAUCAGAAGAUGGUACUACGCGGCGCACAGAGACCAAGGUCACCAAGACAGUCAAGACGGUGACUACACGAACAGUGCGCCAGGUGCCCAUGGGCCCAGAUGGCCUCCCUCUCCUGGACAGUGGCCCUCCGCUAGGGCCCUUCGCUGAUGGCCCCCUGGACCGGCACUUCCUGCUGCGUGGGGGUGGCCCGGUGGCCACACUUUCCCGCACCUACCUCAGCAGCGGGGGCGGCUUUCCUGACAGCCCCGAACCCCGUGACAUCCCCAGCUAUGGCAGCCUGUCCCGUGGGUUGGGUGUGCGACCCCCGCGUGGUGGCCCCCUUGGCCCAGGCCCUGGCGAUGGCUGCUUCACAUUGCCUGGCCGCCGUGAGGCCUUCUCCGAGGGCCCUGAGCCUGUGCCACCUGCCAGCUGCUCCCAGCCUGAGCGCUUCCAGGCAGAGCCCUACGGCCUGGAGGACGACACACGCAGCCUUGCUGCCGAUGACGGGGGUGGCCCGGAGCUGGAGCCUGACUAUAGCACAGCCAUGAGGAGGAGGCCUGACUGUGGGCGGGGCCUUCGCACUAGGGCCUAUGAGGAUGUGGCAGAUGAUGGCGGUGAGCUGAUAGAGGAGCGGCCUCCGUUCCCGGCUGCAGCAGCACCCCUGGCCCAGCCAGAACAGGGCAGUUUGGGCAGCCUGGACCGGGUGGUGCGGCGCUCACCCUCGGUUGACAGUGCCCGCAAGGAGCCUCGCUGGCGGGACCCCGAGCUGCCUGAGGUACUGGCCAUGCUACGGCACCCUGUGGACCCUGUGAAAGCCAAUGCAGCUGCUUACCUGCAGCACCUGUGCUUCGAGAACGAGGGUGUCAAGCGGCGUGUGCGGCAGCUGCGGGGGCUGCCACUGCUCGUGGCUCUACUAGACCACCCAAGGGCGGAGGUUCGGCGCCGGGCCUGUGGGGCACUGCGCAACCUCUCCUAUGGCCGAGACACUGACAACAAGGCCGCCAUUCGGGACUGUGGUGGUGUGCCCGCCCUGGUGCGCCUACUGCGGGCCGCCCGGGACAAUGAGGUCCGAGAGCUCGUCACAGGCACACUCUGGAACUUGUCAUCCUACGAGCCCCUGAAGAUGGUCAUCAUUGACCAUGGCCUGCAGACACUGACCCACGAGGUCAUUGUGCCCCACUCGGGCUGGGAGCGAGAGCCCAAUGAGGACUCCAAGCCACGGGAUGCUGAGUGGACUACUGUCUUCAAGAACACUUCGGGCUGCUUGAGGAACGUGAGCUCAGAUGGCGCAGAGGCCCGGCGGCGACUCCGGGAGUGUGAAGGGCUGGUGGAUGCACUCCUGCACGCCUUGCAGUCAGCAGUGGGCAGGAAGGACACAGACAACAAGUCGGUGGAGAACUGCGUGUGCAUCAUGCGGAACCUGUCCUACCACGUGCACAAGGAGGUACCUGGGGCUGACAGGUACCAGGAGGCUGAGCCUGGGCCCCCAGGCAGUACUGCGGGCUCCCAGCGCCGGAGGCGGGAUGACGCUGGCUGCUUUGGUGGCAAGAAGGCCAAAGGGAAGAAAGAUGGUGAGAUGGACCGGAACUUUGACACGCUGGACCUGCCCAAGAGAACUGAGGCCGCUAAAGGCUUUGAGUUGCUGUACCAGCCCGAGGUGGUGCGUCUCUACCUCUCCCUUCUUACGGAGAGCCGGAACUUCAACACCCUGGAGGCUGCAGCUGGUGCCCUACAGAACCUCAGUGCUGGCAAUUGGAUGUGGGCCACGUACAUUCGCGCCACGGUGCGCAAAGAGCGCGGUCUGCCGGUUCUGGUGGAGCUGCUGCAGUCGGAAACGGAUAAAGUGGUGCGUGCUGUCGCCAUCGCCCUGCGUAACCUCUCGCUGGACCGGCGCAACAAGGAUCUCAUCGGGAGCUAUGCCAUGACGGAGCUGGUGCGGAAUGUGCGCAAUGCGCAGGCUCCAGCACGACCCGGGGCCCGCUUGGAGGAGGACACGGUGGUGGCUGUGCUUAACACCAUCCACGAGAUCGUGUCCGACAGCCUGGACAACGCGCGCUCGCUACUGCAGGCUCGCGGCGUGCCAGCUUUAGUGGCCCUGUGUGCCUCCAGCCAAUCGGUGCGCGAGGCGAAGGCCGCGUCCCACGUGCUGCAGACUGUGUGGAGCUACAGAGAGCUGCGUGGUGCCCUGCAGAAGGAUGGCUGGACCAAGGCGCGCUUCCAGUCAGCUGCUGCUAAUGCCAAAGGGCCCAAGGGAACACUGAGUCCCGGAGGCUUCGAUGACAGCACGCUGCCGCUGGUGGACAAGAGCCUUGAUGGUGAGAAGCUAGGCAGCCGGGACAUGAUCCCCAUGGAGGCCCUUGGCCCAGAGUUCCCCUCGUGCCACCACCCCGCAGACGGAUACUCCACAGUGGACCGAAGGGAGAAGAGGGCUCGAGGCAGUGCCUCCGCAGGGGAGACCUCAGAGAAGGAACCGUUGAAACCCGACCCCAGCAGGAAAGCUCCUCCUCCUGGGCCCAGUAGGCCCGCAGUCAGGCUGGUUGACGCCGUGGGGGACACUAAGCCUCAGCCCGUUGACUCCUGGGUCUAGCUUGCAUGCCUGGGCCCGGGCCUAGCCUUUCGUUCUUAGGGAUUUGGUCACAGGAAGAAGGGAACUCCAGGGCCGGCCUGCACAGACCCUGCUGUGGAGCUUGGAGCCCCCUGGCGGCAGAGGUUGACAGUGCCUCUGCAUCGGACCCAAGGCGGGACUUUCUGGACACACCUUCCUUCCUGAGCCCUGGAUCCCUCCCUCCUAAUUCCCUAGGCAGUUAGCUGUUUACUGACUUGGUGCUGUGUGUGAGAGAGAGAGGCCAGUGGGGCUAUGGGAUAGGGCCCAGGGAGGCAGCAGGAGAGGAGGCCUAACCACUUUGGGGCUGGAGAAAUAGGAGAGUAUGGCCCUUUGUGUGCAGUGCCCCAGAGGAGCAGGGCAGCCCAGUCCUGGGGGCAACCAUCUGAGCAGGGAAGGGGGCUCAAGAGUUUGACUCUGAAGGGUGGAGGGGAUCCCCUGGGCUCCCCAACCCACUCCAUGGCAAGCCAACCAUGGGCGGGGGCUGCUCCGGUGGGGCUGGCCCACGCAAAGCAGGUCGAAGGCAGCAAGAUGAGGGGCAGACUGUGCUUACCCCCAUCCUGCCCUUGGACGCGUGGAAUCCCAGUGCAUCUCAGGAGCCUUCCUGAGUGAUACUGGCUGGCCCUGGCGCAGCUUCCACAUCUUGUCUGCUAGAGCCCUGAGUAACGUCGUGGGGACUGAUGCCUCGGGGACUGACCCUCAGCAGCAGCGGGGGAUUGCUGUUCAGUGCCUGCUGUUUGUGACUUAAAAACAGAAAACUGACAAAAAGCAUUAAAAAAAAACCAAAAUAAGACUGUAUUGGUAAACACGUAAAUUUUUCUAAGGAAAUUUAAAAAUUAAAAAAAAAAGCAACAAAGAAA